AUGAUUUUUGUAGUGCUUGUAGUGUUACUCUGUGCUUUACUGGUGUUAUGGAACAAGAUGAAGCCGCGUGGCCCAUCGCCUCCUGUUUAUCCUGGAGCUCUACCUUUAAUAGGACAUGCUCAUCAAUGUUAUGGAGAUUCUAAGCAAAGCAAUAGUUUUUAUCGUCCGCUAUAUUUACCCCUUUUGAAUCAAAAUUACACUCUUCUACAAUUCCUGGGUGGCUUGGCGACUAACAUCCGUUUGGUACUGAAUCUGGCAAAGUGUAGAAUCUUAUACACAUAUAAGAUUCUACACUUUGAAGUACUACAGUACUUCAUAAAAAUAUGUAUAAUUUCAGAUUUUUGGGAAAUUCUUAAAAACCUGAGCCACUUUAGUUUAGAAAACGGCGGUGUCGUUGAAAUCUGGAUGGGCCCUCAUAUUAUGUACAUGAUAACUGAUCCGGAUGACAGUAUGAUCGUAGCUACCAAAUGUAUGGAAAAACCAUACUUCUACGAAUUUGCCACGGAAAUGUUCAAAAAUGGGCUGAUUACAGCUAGCUCAACAACAUGGAAAACGCAUCGCCGUUUAUUGAAUCCAUCGUUUAAUCAACAAGUGAUGACAAGUUUUCUUCCCGAAUUUAAUACUCAGGCUCGAAAUUUGGUCGUGUCAUUGCAAUCAGAAGUAGGAAAGGAACCAUUCGAUAUCCAUCAAUAUCUGAUUAAGCAGUUGUUAAAAACUGUUUGUCAAACUUCAUUAGGAUUAGCCACUGAAGAUAAAACAAUUGAUGUGGAAUAUGCCAAUGCUACGGAGGAUCUCUUCGCGACACUCGCAGAAAGAUUUACAAGAAUUUAUUUACAUUUAUCUUACACAUACGCAUGGAGUAGUUUGAAAACCAAACAGGAUCAACUGCUCAAGAUUACAAGGGAGGUUAUGAAUAAGAUCAUCUACAGGCGAAAAGAGGAAUUGAAAACGAACAAUAAAACACAAAACGGAACUUCUGCAAAAGAUGUUAAAUUCCAACCACUCCUCAAUCAACUCUUAGAACUAGCUGACACACAGGAUGCCUUCACGGACGAUGAGAUCAGGGAACAUGUGGACACUGUAGUGGCAGCUGCUUAUGAUACCACAGCCACAACAAUUACAUUUGUCCUGAUAAUGUUAGGAACAUAUCCAGAAGUUCAAAACCGUGUUUAUAAAGAAAUCCAAUCAGUCCUUGGAAAUGAAGAUACAGAUUUGACUAAAGACAAUCUACCAAAGUUGGUGUAUUUAGAUGCAGUUUUGAAGGAAACUUUGAGGUUGUACCCGCCUAGCCCAUGCGUAGCAAGAAGGAUAGAUUCAGAUGUAAAAUUGAAAAACUAUACGCUGCGUACUGGAGGUACUUGUAUUUUAUCAAUUUAUGGAAUGAGUCGACACGCGAUGUGGGGUGCCGAUGCAGACCAGUUCAAACCCGAGCGAUGGCUAGAUCCGUCUGCUUUGCCAAGCAACCCGAAUGUGUUUUGUACUUUUAGUCUCGGAAAACGUAAUUGUAUAGGUCGUGUUUACGCAAUGCUGGCGAUAAAGACGAUGUUGGUGCAUGUCCUCCGCAAGUAUAUCGUUUUCGGCGACGUGAACAGCGUCACGACACAAUUCACCAUUUCAUUCAAACCAGCUACUGCCUCACAAUUACGUUUGGAAUUAAGAUCGUGAUGGGAAAAUAAACGUGUUUAAGUAUUUACAUGAAUUUAUUUAUAUAAUUAGACAGAAGAAAUCAAUUUUUUUAGAAAUUACUAAAUAUUGUUUCUCAAUUUAAUUUAAAAAGGGGGUCGA